CCUAAUCGUAGGUUUCGAGUCAAGGCUUGAAGUAUCCUGUCACACCCACUCACCACCUUCACCAUGCCGGGGAAUCUAGCCGAGAUACCAGAACUUCCGCUGGAUGAAGCAUUCGCCCUGACGGCAGCUUUCAAAGCCGACCAGCAUCCUCAGAAAGUCAGCCUUGGGGCAGGCGUGUAUAGGGAUGGGCAGGGUAAGCCAUGGAUUCUGCCAUCAGUACGUGAGGCCAAAAGAAUCUUGCAUGAAACCGAAAACCUGGACCACGAGUAUCUUCCAAUCCAGGGCUCAGUCCCUUUUCUUAAUUUAGCCAAAGACCUCAUCCUGGGCAAAUCUCUUGCUUCCUCGGUCAACGCGGUCUCGGUUCAAACGAUAUCUGGAACAGGAGCCAACCAUGUCGGUGCUCAGUUUCUGGCUCAACAACUCCAGCCUCGACAUGUCUUCAUCUCGGAUCCGACGUGGAACAACCACCAUCUUGUCUGGACGGUAGGGGCUCCUGGAGUGAAGCAGAAGACGUACCCUUACUACGAUGCCGCGACCCAGUCUCUUGACUUUAAUGGUAUGAUCAAAAGCCUCGAAGACGAUGCUGUGGAAAACGAUGUGGUUAUCCUCCAUGCUUGUGCUCACAACCCUACCGGCAUCGACCCAACGCAGGAGCAGUGGCAGGAGAUUGCCCAGGUUGUGAGGCGGAAGAAGCUGUUUGCCUUUUUCGACUGUGCAUAUCAAGGCUUCGCAACGGGAGAUCCAGACAUCGAUGCAUACUCGGUUCGGUACUUUACGGAAACAAUGUUCAGCACGGAGGGAUCCAUGACAAAGCAAGACAAUGGGCCCGCUGGAAUGUGUAUCGCACAGUCCUUUGCGAAAAAUUUUGGUCUGUAUGGCGAGCGAGUUGGUGCAUUUCACCUGGUGUUACCCAGUUUAACACCCAAUUCUGGAGCAUACAGUCAACUUCUACGGCUGGGAAGGGCCGAGAUUUCUAACCCGCCGUUGUUUGGAGCACGCAUUGUCUACACUAUCUUAUCAAGUUCGGAGCUACGAAGCAUCUGGUUGCAAGAUCUCAAGACUAUGGCUCGACGAAUUGGUGAUGUGCGAGCAACCCUGAGGAGGCAGAUCGAAGCUCGGCCUCACAGUGGAGAUUGGGGCCAUUUAGAGUCCCAGAUCGGCAUGUUCAGCUUCACGGGAUUAAAUGAAAAGCAAGUCUUGCGCCUCAGGCACGUCCAUCACAUCUACUUGAUGCUGAAUGGCCGAGCCAGUCUCAGUGGUGUCAAUCAAGAUAAUGUUGAAUACGUCGCAGCUGCUUUCAAUGAGGUGGUUAGAUAUGGUGGAGAUAGCACUAGCUGACACAUGACUAGAUAGGGAGUCCUUGAGAACACUCUCAAUGGUGAUCAAUUUCUUAGAC